AUGAUUUAUUUGCGUUCGCCGGCAUGCUCGCCCAGACUUCAGGUGCUGGCACGCCUUCUUCGUCACUUUUCCAGUGACUCCAGACCUGGUCCUCUCGCAGGUGUGCGAGUAUUGGACAUGACCCGAGUGCUGGCAGGACCCUCGUGCACACAGGUGCUAGGCGACCUGGGAGCGAAAGUGACAAAAAUCGAGAGACCUGAAGUCGGCGAUGACACGCGCGGCUUUGCGCCUCCGUUUCUUCCCGGUGCUACGGAGGACACGAAGCCUAUGGCUGCAUAUUUUGCGGCACAGAACCGCAACAAGGCCUCGGUGACGGUGAAUUACACCCUGCCAGAGGGACAGGAGAUCCUCCGGCGCCUCUUGAAGAGCAGCGACGUGCUCGUAGAGAACUUCAAAACCGGGACUCUGGAUAAGUACGGGCUCGGCUACAAAGAUCUUCAAAGCCAUUUCCCUUCUUUGGUCUACUGCUCCAUCACCGGGUUCGGGCAAACAGGGCCGUACAGCCCACGCCCCGGAUACGAUGCACUCGUGCAGGCGAUGGGUGGCUUCAUGAGUGUGACUGGGGAGGUGGAGGGCGAGCCAAUGAAGGUGGGAGUCCCAAUCCACGAUCUCUUCGCCGGGCUGCAUGGGGUGAUCGGCAUUCUGGCUGCUCUCCGCCAUGCGGCUCUGACGGGAGAGGGCCAGCAUGUGGAUGUUGGGAUGCUGGACGUGUCCACAGCGAUGUUGGCAAACCAGGCCAGCAACUUCCUUUCCACAGGGAAGCUACCUCAACGCUUGGGCAACCAACAUCCCAACAUCGUCCCCUACCAGGUCAUGCCGGCCUCUGACGGCUUCUUUAUCCUGGCCGUCGGGAAUGAUCCUACCUUCAAGCGCUUUGUUGCCGUGGCAGACAAGGCCGAUCCAGCGGCAAAUGCUCCAGCGCUGUUGAACGAUAGUCGCUUCAACUCGCAAACAGCGCGGGUGGACAACAGGAAGCUGGUUACCGAGACCUGCAACGCGAUCACAAGGAAGAGGCCUGUGCAAUGGUGGUUGCAAGAGCUGGAGAAUGCCAGCAUUGGCUGUUCGCCGAUAAAGAAUUUGGAGGAGGUCUUUGAAGACCCUCAAGUGAAAGCGCGCGACAUGGUCAUCGAGAUGCCCGUCGAAGGCCAUGCCCCAGCCAAGCUGGUGGCUUCACCCUUGAAGUUCUCUUCGACCCCGGCAUCAUACCGGCAGCCUCCGCCCAGCCUGGGCGAGCAUACCGAAACCGUCCUGGCCGAUGCUGGCUUCAGCGCAGCCGAGAUUACCCAGCUGCGUCACAAAGGCGCAUCGCAAUAUCUUGCAACUUUGCAGGCCUUGUGCCUCAGGGCGCGUUUGGAGACACCACACUUCGUUGAGAAGCUGCUGCCCCAGCUGGUUGAGCUGGUGCGGUAUUCCAAGCUGCUGCCACAGGGUGAAGAGCACGCCAUCCGCAGGCAGGUAUACCGCAAGGAGUGGAGCAAAAUGAUCCAGCCGCCGGCUGCAAGGGGAUCCAGAGACUUUUUGGCCUCCUCCAAGCAUCUCGGCGACCGCUCCCUGGGGGACUUGAAGAAUUUCAAUCUCCUCGUUGACAGCUUGGAUGAUGUGCUCGAGAAGGUCGACGCACACCUCAGGGAUGCCAAGGCCGGCAAGCAGCGCGAGGAGCUCGUCGAGGAGGAAGACAGCGCACCAACACCCUCAACAGGUUCAACCAGCACCCGUGCUCCCAAGCCACAGGUGCGCUGGCGUCAGCUAGUUGACAAUCAGCGGACGAGCUUCGUGCCCAGGCUGUUAGUCAAGCACAACGAGCAGACGCCACUGAGUCCAAGACUCUUGGAAGCUCAGUGCAAGGCAGGCAUACGGCCGUUCUCUGGAGUAGCGCUGCCUACGAGGCAUGGUGACGCGAGCGAGGACACUUUGGUCAAUCCGUACGAAGAGGAGCUGAGCAGCCUUUCUUGGCCUGACAACUUCUUUCGACCGCGCCCUGCUUGUCGUUACCGCCGAAUGGAGGAUACGCCACUAAUCAUGGUGCGCACAGAGGCAGAUCUGAGAGAGAUGGUGGAGGAGAUCAAGGCAACAUGCAUUGGCAGCGAGAUUGCGGUGGACGUCGAGCACCAUGACUUCAGGUCCUUCCGAGGAUUCGUAUGCCUGGUCCAGGUGUCAACUCGGCAGAAAGAUUUUCUGAUAGAUCCCUUCGACAUCUUUGAGCAAGCGCACAUGCUUAACGAGGUCUUCUCUGAUCCACGCAUCCUGAAGGUGCUGCACGGUGCUGAUCGUGAUGUGAUGUGGUUGCAGCGUGAUUUCUCUGUCUACCUAGUCAACAUGUUUGACACAGGGCUCGCCACUCGAGCACUGCGGAUGCAAGGUGGCUAUUCCUUGGCCAACCUGGUCUCGCACUUCUGCGGGGUCAAGCUGGACAAGAAGUACCAGACCGCAGACUGGAGAGAGCGACCUCUUUCCGAGGAAAUGAUUCACUAUGCGCGGGCGGACACGCAUUACCUACUCUUCUGUUACGACUGCUUGAAGAAUGCCCUCCUGGCACAAAAUGCACAGCAUGGCCUGGCAAAGAGUGGGGUCAACUUGGGAAUUGCUGCGCUUGAGGGCGGCGAUUUCGAAGUGACAGACGAAGGAGUGCAGAGCCUUCAGACUGUUAUGCAGCAGAGUACCGCCCUAUGCAGCAAGACAUAUCGAGAGGCGCCUCUCGAUGCUGGCGAGUAUGCUGCUUCGCUCUGCGAGCGAUACGGGUCCAGACGUCCACUGGAAGCAAAACAAAUGGGGGCUCUCAAGGCCCUCAUUGAAUGGCGUGACCAGCUGGCACGCAACAUUGAUGAGUCGCUGAACUUCGUGGCACCUGAUGCUUGUCUCUGGCGAGUUUGCCUUGCCAUGCCCACUACGCUUGCGAGCUUAGAAAUCUUCAGGCCUGUGAAGCUGCGCAGGGUGCCCAGUGUUUUUGUGCGUGUUAGCACCAAAGGAGUGCCCUGUCCCGUCUACUGCGUCGGCUUCGCCGCCGGACUCGCGCAGUCACCGCGCCCGCUGGCACAUGCCUCAGAGUGUUUGCGGUCCUCUGUGCGGGCUGCGACUCGGCUUCGGAGGCAGGAGGGCUGGAUGGUGGGGUAUCUCAAGAUGUGGCACUAUGUGGCACUGGAUCCAAUUCAGGCGAUGGUGGCACAGCAGAGUACGGCGUCUAGGCUGCUCUCAGAAGCAAAAGCCCGUCAUGUCAUGGCCGCUGCGGUCGAAUAUGCCAAGUCCGGACGAUCGCAAUGCUUCUUCUGCGGUCAGAGGAUUACAUUGGAUGCGCUUCGCUUUCGGAUGCCGCUGGAGCCAAAGUGGCGUUGCCUGGAAUGCUUCACUCUGGUCAUACCAGAACACGACGAGAGAAACUUUAUGUCUUCAUGCCGAGGCAUGAAGGCGCUCUGUGCAGAUGAUCGACUGCUCCUGACAGAGCUUCUGAAGCCUACUUACCCGCCAAGGAAGAAGCGGAAGGGUGCCAACAUUCUGGAGGAAGUAUUGCUCCGGUCUGAAGAACACAGAGGUCUCAGACAGUGUGCUCGCGAGUGGGCACGAAGUGAGACUCGAGAGGCAGUCUCUGUCUCCUCGCUAGAUGCAGACUCCUUAGAAAGCAAGGCAGAAUAG